UGCCGACCUUCGUCACAAAGGCGCCACGUCGCCGGCAGGCGGCCACUGAGCCCGAAUGGCCUCGGACUACCCCGAUGACGUCACGGGGGAGACGGGCUCCGCCCCUGUGGACAUCGACGAUCUCCUCGUGCUGCUGCAGGUGGAGCAGGAGCAGAUCCAGAAAAGGACUUUCACCAACUGGGUCAACGCCCAGCUGGCAAAGAGGAGACCUCCGACUCGGGUGGUGGAUCUCUUCGAUGACUUCCGUGAUGGCUCCAAACUCUUGGACCUGCUGGAGGUGAUGAGCAACCAGCGCAUCAGUCGCGAGCGAGGGAGGGGAACCUUCCGGCACAGGAUCAACAUCGAGAAAGGCCUGUCGUUCCUCCGACACAAAUCGAUCAAACUGGUCAACAUCAACGUUCCCGACAUCAUCGAUGGGAAGCCGUCCAUCAUCCUGGGCCUCGUGUGGACCGUCAUCCUGCAGUAUCACAUCGAGGAGUUGGCCGGCGGACUUUCCUUCGGCUCGCGUCAGUCGUCCAUGGAGUCUUUGGCCAGUCUGGACUCUGGGUCGUCGCGGAGCGGUCUCUCGGCCGGCGGCGGUCCCGUCCCCUGUCGAGGGUCGCCCCUGCACGCCCGCUUCAGGCUGUCGGCCAAGAAGGCGCUGAUGCUGUGGGUCCGAGAGCAGUGCCGCAAGGCAGGAUGUUCGGUGCCGGUGAAAGACUUCAAGGGCAGCUGGCGUAGCGGCGUGCCCUUCCUGGCCAUCUUGUGCGCUCUCCGCUGCGACCUGGUGGACUUGUCCAAGGCGGCCGGCAGAAGCAACAAGCAGAACCUGGACGAAGCCUUCCGAGUGGCCGAGCGGGAGCUCGGCAUCCCGCGGCUGCUGGAGCCCGACGAUGUGGACGUGCGGGAGCCCGACGAGAAGUCCAUCAUGACCUACGUGGCGCAGUUCCUGCGCUACUCCAAAGACGGGCCCGUCUCCGAGGAAGACGCCGUGCAGAGCCGGUCCCCGCAUCCUCCGAAAGCCGCGUCUCCCGUCAGCCUGCCCGUUCACUACACUCCUGCCAUCUCCGCUUCGCCGCUGCGGCAGGCCAGCCCCGAUCGCAAGGCGCAGGAAGUGUCCUGUUGGCUUCGGCGGGCGUACGAGGAGCUGCUGGAGGGCUGGGACUCCACCCAGGGCGAGAGUUACUCCGAGCGCUAUCACGUUUUCCAGACCUUUGUGGCGUGCUUCAACGAGCAGCGGCGUCCAAUCAUGCCUCUGCUGAGCGCCGGGAGACGAAGCGCCGCGCCGAGUGAGGAGCAGCGAGGCCUCAGGGAGGCCUGGGACGCCCUCACACAAAAGCUGCGUGAGUACCAACUGGAGUUGGACAUGAGCCUGCCAGCCCCCCUGGACACGACGGGGCGCUGGCUCCUCAGCACGGAAGGCCUUCUGGCCGAGGAGGAAGGAGACCCGUGGGACCACCGCCGGUCCGCAGACCGAGCCAGGGACAGACGGGAGCAACUCCAGGUGCGCCUUGAGGAGAUGCCCCAGCAGGUCACGACCUUCCAGGCCUUCCCAAACGAGGACGAGUACGGAAACCUUUUGGUUCCCACGGAGAAGAUGGAGGAGCUGAAGAGAAGGUUCACCGCCGUGAGAGUAAGCGGCAAGUACCGCGGCCUCGAGCUGGAGUACGACGAGCACCGCCACGCGCUUCUGGAUUUGCUAAGCCGCAUCUGGAGCAAAGUCCUCUUGUGGAAGAGGCCUUACCUUUCGCCGGAGGCGGUCAGGCUUUUGCUGCGCGAGUGGCAAGAGCUGGUCACCAAUCAGGAACUUCCUUCUCUGCUGGAAACCACGCUCCGCAAGUUAAAGCAAGUUUCAGAGAAAUACUCGGGCAAGUCUGCUCUCGCCGCAGACUACUGCCGCGUUUGUCAACAAGUGACGCAACUGGAGGAAGAGGCGGCGGCCGUCUUGGCCGAAGUCCGCUCGGCCGAGGAGAAACUGGGACGGGUUCUGACGGCCUGGGACUCCUACAGCGACGGUUUGAGCUCCAUGCAGGCGUGGCUGGAGCAGGUCUCGGCCGGAUGGGAGUGCGGCUCCCAAGACAGGGUGACGUCCCAGAGCGUGACCGAGUGGGCGUCCCGGCAGGCUCACCUGAACGAGGUGGCAAACUUCCUGAUGGAGUCCGCCGACCCGCAGACCAGCGGCAGCCUGGAGCGGGAGCUGCUCAAACUCAACGCCGAUUGGGCCCAGUUCGUCCACAGAAACACCCUCGAUUGCGCCACAGACUCCGACGCCGCCACGCAGACGAGACCGGCGCACCUUCACGCUCUCGUCGAGGAGGCCGCACUUCUCUUCCAAGAGCCCGUCCAGACAACUUCAGGUCCUUUACGCACCUACAGGAAGAGAAUGCAGUUACUACUGAGGAGGCUAAAGGAAGUGGAGCUGGAGGUUCUCGAUUCUUCUCCAGAAAGUUCCGUGGCUCGUUUAGAGAAACCCAAGAUGGCUUUGAAUGAAGUGAAGAAGACUCUGGGCGAGGCAGACCAGGCAUGCGCUGAGUUGCAGCACCGUCUUUCGGGUCUCGACGGUCGCCUGGCCGAGCUUCUGCACUGGGAGACGGAGGCUCGGGAGAUGUGCCGACGACUGAGGGCCACCGAGCGACAGCGGCCGGAAGGCCAGGAUCCCGGGGCUCGGGAGCUGAUCUCUCGUGGCCUUCAGCUCGAGGGUCAGGUGGUGACAGAGGAGCAGGAUCUUCAGGCGCUGAUUUUGAGACAUCAGAAGAGCUCGCCUCUUCGGUACCUACAGGCCACCGUCAUGCAGGACCGCGUGCGAGCAGCUCUUGCGCAGUCACAGGCCAGUAGUAUUGUUCUUGCUCUUGGUUCUUUGUAUUUUAAAUUACAGGAGGCAGUUGGGAUGCUGAGCAGCUUGGGAGCAAGAAGAGACAGAAGCAGGAGUCCCACAGGUGGGCCUCCAUCCAAAGACUCCAUCCGAGCCAAAAGCACACCUCAACGACAAAGACGGUCGGACGCAACAUCGCCAACCCAGGAGUCCCCGUCAUCCCCGACGGAAUUACAUCCACGUCAAGAAACAUUUGUGCCAAACGUCGCGGUUCAGGAAUACGGAGGAGAAGGCAUGAGUUUGCCUCCUCGUAGCUCUGUGCGGGGAAUUCCAGCCGCGGAAGGUCAGACUUAUUCCCGGACGGGGACGGCUGAGCAAUGGCGGACUAUGGAGGGCGCCUUGAUGCUCCAGCAACAGCCAAAGUGUCACUGGCCACCAGUUGAGGCGCAAGAAAAAGGCAAGCCAAAUACAAGCGAAGGGGACGAAUAUCGGGAAGGGGAGGACCGGCCGUCGGUCGCGAAGGAACAAAAAGGGGGGCACUAUGAGUUGAGACAUGAAGAGGUUAAAGCAAAACUCCCUUGUGAAACCGAGACACGUGAGCUGACUGCGUCAGUAAAGAAAUCUCUCUGCGCACAAGAGCUCCAAUGCAAAAAGGACCGGGCCGCAAAGAAUCGCCCCUGGUUCCGCAAAACAGCACACCUGGACGCCCAAAGUCCAAACAAAGAUGCUGUUGAAGAACCAGUCGAGGCUGUACAAACGCAGAUGGACGAGGAGGUCGUGGGAUGUAUUGUGCAAGUUCCUCAGCAAACAGAAAGCCUUGGUGCCAAGCCCAAAUUCCAAGACACUUGUGCCGAGCGAGCAACAGAACGGAACGAAGGAGUGCGGCAAAUCCGCAAUCGGCUGAAACAAGACCAUGGACAACUGCAACCGGUUCUUGUGGUACAACAUGAGGAAAACGCACAGAAAAAUCCCAAAGCAAAAGAUAUGCCUCUCGAGCAAAGUCCGCCGCCGGCCCACAUCCUGGUUCAGUCGCGGGUCCAGCUCGAGCCUCCUGCACAUGGGCAAGUUGUAGCUCAAGGGCCGACCUGGGCUCAAGUCAGGCCUUUAUCUCCCAUGCGGGACGCAAUUCAGCCGCCCGUGCCAUCCCGCAUUCAAGUUUGCGGUCAUCCGCGGUCACGGGCCACCAUCGGGCCGCAACAGGCAACAUCCUCCCUCUCCACGCUGCGGGCUCAAACACAAUCGCAGGUACAGACACUACCUCAAAAGGCCGCUCAGCAAACGGCUCAGUCUCAAUUCAAAGUAGAGCCCGUUGCUAGGGGUCCAAACCGGUCUCCGAGCUACAUGCACUCGCUGACCCAAUCACACGGCAAAACUGAAACAAUGGGCCAGAUUCAAAGCUCGGCUCAACCAAGCACUCCUUUCAUGCACGCUCAGCCGGCAUUGUCCACCCAAGCUCUUUGGGGACCACCACCUCAUGUCCAACCGAAAAUUGAACCAAGUGCCACGCAACCCCUGACUCCAGGUCAGCAUGUAGUCCAACCUCAAGUGCAUCCAGCGAUAGAGUAUUCCCCGCAAUCUCAGCCAGCUGUCCAGAACCCAGGGCAUUUCCGACUGGGUCAAUUGCACGCGUGGCACCAAGUUGGAAGCUCAUCCGCCAUGUCGAUGCCACGUCAGGCCUUCACAUUGUCCCCUGUGAUACCGACACAAGAAGGCCGAGGCGAGCAACAGAUGUGGAUGCAGGCAGCCCAUCGUGUCGAGAGCCACCCUUUCCACCGCGCUCAGCAGUAUCCGCCCGGCGAGCAUCAGCUCCAACCUCAGACGAACGUCCACGCUCAGAUAGCUCAGCAACUAAAGCAAGCCAGACUUCAGUGUCCCCCUCAGCCUCAACAUCAACCUGAUCCGAGGGCGCCGCCCCAACCCCUCAUUCAGACGCGAGUCAAUUUGCAGCCACAGGUUCAGCUGAGCCAGUUCGAGCCUCAGCCACAGCAGCCACCUCCGCAAUUUAGACCAAACCAGCCCCAGUCUCCUUCACUGUCAGCAUAUACACCUCAACCACCGGCCGUGAUGCUGCAAAAUAAACCUGAAUCACAGGUUGCACGGCAACUUCAAAUUGAGCCUUGCACACAAACUGAGACUCAAUCCCUGCCACAAUAUGAGCCUGAAGCCCAAGGAGCACAUCAACCCAAGUUUCAGUCACCAAACCAAGCCAAGGUUUUGACACUGCCACAGUACAUGCCUGAACAGUUAACGACUCGGCCAUCCCCUCAAACCCAGACUCGAGCACUACCACGAUCUAAACCUGAAUUCCAGUUAACUCCUCGGCCCGAGGCUCAGACACUGACCCAAGGCGGCGUAUUAUCCGUGCCUAAGCCUUCGCUCCUACCUCAGUCGCCUCAAAUGGCUGUCCAGCAAGCAAUCAGCCCUUCGGCCCUGGCCCCGGCUCCUUCGCAAGUCUAUUCCGAGGCCUACGCCAAGGCCCGGGCUUUGGCACGAAAUGGCUUUGAGGAGGCCAAGCACUGCCUGCAGGAACACAUCCUGGAGGCCCUCGGUGAUGAAUGUCUACCAGCUGAACAAACAUCAGUAACAAAUACCCCGAGAACCCUGGAUCCAGAGUUGCUGCAGGAAUUCCUCAGAGCAGCUAAAGGCAUGGAGGCCUUCUGUACACCUGCGCAGCUCAGAGACAUGGAGUUGUUUACACAGUCUGUCAAGUCACAGUGGGAGGCUUGCUUCUCACCAGAGGGUAAUUUGGCCCGAGCAGGCCUGUCAGCCGAGGCUUUAAAAGAGCUGUGUGACAUGCUGAGUCCAGAGGACGCUCACCGCCUGGCCCACACUCAGCUGAGGGAGUGUGAGAGUAGUCUGGCUGCCAUCCAGCUGCAAUUCAGUGGAGACCCAGAAGCACCGCUGCAUGAUUCAAGGGUUCCCGAUCUUCUCAAUGUGGAACAGAUGCCGCCCAUAGAAAAUGCGUCUCUUGGCAAAGCACUAAUCCCAUCUGAGGUAUCAGAAACAAAACUCAAGACAGCAAAUGCCGAACAAAUGGUUCGAGGUCGCCCAUUUGUUGAUGAAGAUGGCAACACAAAGGCGGCUUUGGAGAAGUAUGAACAUUACAAGAAGUCUCUGCAAGUCCAGCUGUCCAAAAAUGAACAGAGCAUCACAGAUGUUCCCUCCGACUCUGUGACUCUCAAGGAUCUUCACAUGCGGCUCCAGGAAAUACAGUUCCUGAGGCAGGACACAGAGUCUUUGUGGCUUGAGUUUAUAAACCAGUACUCCCAACUGAAUGGAAAUGCUGGUAUGGAGCAGGAGAACUCAGAUCUUCAUAAGCAGUGGCUGGCCCAGCAGUCAUCCCUUCAGAAGAGAGGCAGUUCACUGGGUGCCGCCCUCAGGCAGAUUGACUCCACUCAGAACCACAUGGUGGACUUCACUGACCGCCUGGAUCGUUACCUGAGACAACCCAAAGACAUCACGGCCUUCACACUGGCCGACACCAACAUCCUGAAGGACAUUAAGGAACUGGAUGAAAACAUUUGGAGUGAACUGGAUCAGCUGGCCUGCCUGGAGCCAGAUUCCAGCGACCUCGAUCCCAGAGACUUCCUCCCUCUCUCCCGCGAGGUGGAAGGCCACAGGAGCAGCCUGGACCAGCUCCGCCAACAAGUUAGCAAAAGCGAGGCGGCCGCUCGCGCUUUGGAUCACUUUCUCAUGUCGCUUCGCACUGUGGAGGAGGACAUUGCCGGAGUGCAAGGUUCCCCUUGCGGCGAUGCGGCGCUUCGGCAAGCCCGUUGCACCAAACUGGCGCUGAUCAAGCAAAGUGUGGCCAGUCUGAAAGACAAGGCACCGCAGUUGGAUCUCCUGCUGCAGGGGGCCCGGCUGACGGUCACCAGGGAGGGUUCUCCUGCCUCCUGCCUGGACAUGGUCGGCGUCCUGCUGAACAAACUGGAAGAGGCUGACGCUGGGCCGGUAGGACAACAGCAGAGCCCCAUGAGAGAAAGUCAAAGUCGAUCUUUGGGCUUGAGGAAGAGGACCCUGUUGGGGGAACUGAGGAAGCUUCAGGACACCGUGGAGUUGCGAGGCCUGAACGAGGCCACCAUGCCAGCCCUGCAACACAGGCUUCGGACUCUGUCUGACUUGGAGGGCCAGCUGCAAAUUCAGAACGCUGCGAUACAAAGUCUCAAGGAACUUGCCGAGUGUCAAGGAGAAGGUCAAAACCUCCUGGAGGACCUGGAGGCGGAGUACAACCAGACUCUUUUGUCUUUGACUGACAGGAAGCAGCAGUGCAACAUCCUGAUUGAACUUCUGAAGACGUUCCAGAGCCGUCGCUGUCAUCUGAGCGGCGCAGUGCUGACAGCCGAGCAGACCAUCGGUGAGCAGGCCUCAUACAUGGGCAAAGACAACCUUCACAGGACUAUAACCAAGGUCAAGGACAUUAAGGUGAAACUGAGCGGCCUCAGUGAGCAGAUGGAUGAGAUGAGGGCAGUUAGCAGGCAGCUGCAUUCCCACCUAAAGCGAUUCCCCGACUGCAGGGAGGCACCGUUUGAGGCAGAAGCCGACACGCUGAUGGACACCUGGCUGGAUGUGACGGAGAAGAUAGACGCAUACUUGGACAACCUUCAAGUGGGCUCGGAGCUGUGGGACAAGGAGUUCAUGUUGGCCGGAGAAAUUGAUGGCUGGGCGGCCUCCAAACUGGCCUUGUUUGCAGAGAGCCACCCCUUCCACAACCAACAGCAAGUCGGCGCCAUGACGGAUGAGAUCCAGGCCUAUGAGAAAAACAUAGAACACUUCCACAAGAAGUCUACGGAGAUCCAGGAAAUGCUUCGGAGUCAAGAGGCUCCACUGGAGCUGCAAGUGAUGGAGACACAGUUGAGGAAGAGGAUGGAGCAGGUGAAGGAGCUCUUUGCUGACUGUACCGAGGUCUUUGAAGAGCUGAUGGUGGUGAAGAAACAUCUGGCCGAAAAGAUAGAGGCAUGCCUGUCGGCUGUUGAGAACAUUGAGUGCUCGGUCAGUAAGGUCGAAGCCUCAGCACCAAAGGUGGAGACCCGGUUGCAGGAUUUGUGUGACAACCUGGAGGCCCAAGAGGAGCAGGUCGAUCUGGUGCUGAGGGAGAUUGCUCUGGUCUCCAGCGUGGCCAGUCCACUGGUGCUGGAGGAACUCUCCGAGGAUUGCGGGCGACUGACGGAUGCUGUCGGUCGCACCAAAGACAUGAUCCGCCUCAAGAGAGAGGAGAAGGACAGGGGCCCGCUCGAGCUCAUCCAAGAUGAGAGGCAGUCUUUUGAGCACUGGUUCCAGAACUUGCAGCUGGCCGUCAACGAGUGUUUCGAGAACCCGGAGAGCAGAGCCGAUGUGGAAACAUCCUUACAAAGGCUCACUUGCUUUUUAAAGGCCAACGAUGCGGAGCGCCGUCUGGAGCAGCUGAGGGAGCGUCUGGAACGAGGCCGCCCACGUGUCGAUCCGCAGCAGCUGAGUGAGCUCGGCGACUGGCUGAAGGAGCAGCAUGGGGAGGUGCACACCUUCAAGGCGCACUGUUUGGACAGGCAGAAGCAAAUGGAGUCUCUGAAUUGCGACUUGAGCAGGCUGCAGACGCAACGUGACGAUUUCCACGAGUGGCUGCGGGGCAAAGAGGAACUCAGUGCGGCGCCUGGCGCGACGCAGCGCCUCCUCAAGGACCUGCGCCAUGAGAGCCAACGAGUGGAUGCGCUCGCGGAGCUGUUAGAUUCCGUGCGCCGCCGGGGCAUCAGAGCUGAGCCAAUCCUCCAGGACGGUGACGACGUCAUACAGCGCUACCGAAACCUGGAGCUCCGAGCACAGGCGGAGGCGCAUGCGGAGGCGCAGGCAGAGGCGCAGGCAGAGGCGCGCCUAGUCACGGACGGGCAGCUGGGCCACUUUGCGGCCCAGGCCGCCCACAUCCAGACCUGGCUUCAAGACCUCCGGCAUUCCCUCACUUCCUCGUGCCACGACCCGCCGCGCAAAGACGGGAGCCUCAAAGCGCAAGCUGUCUUGAGUGCCAAGGCGGAGGGAGAUGCCAAGAUGAACAGGCUGCAACUUGACAGCCGGAGCCUUUGUCAACAGGACCGGCUGGACCCGCGGCGCAAACAGGAAGUUGAGCAGUCGGUCCGAGAGCUGGAGGACGAGUGGAGGAGUGUCCUGCAGGCCGCUGAGGAUUUUGUCAACGAGGCAGAGACGCUAGCUUGCUUUGAGCAACAAGUGGAGGCUCUCAAAGCCCAGAGUCAACAAGUGCAGUCCCUGAUCGACGACUUGGAUCGCAAGCUUCGCUCUCAUGAAACGUUGCAGGAAGCCCUGCUGAGCAAACCUGCUCUGCAGUUGGCGCUGCAGCACCUAAAGGAGCAGGGCCAGAGUCUGUGCGGGAACCCGGACUUGGACGAAGGCCUUCGCCAGGAGGUCCAGGCUGUGAUGAGAGGCGCGGAGGAGCGCUGGGCAAAUGCGACGGAGGCGCAAAGCGAAGCCUCGGCCGAGAGGGAGGCCGGCGUGUUCCGAGCCCAAGUCGCCGGCACUCGGUCCUGGAUCCGAGAGCACAGACGCAACCUGCUCUCGCUUGGGGCACACAUGCCUCUCCAGGAAAGACUGCGAGUGACCCAGGCCGUUGUUUCCUGCCGAGACGAGGGCGAGCGUCAAAUCGUGGAGCUGAAGAGGGAAGCGGACCGUCUGCGGGAGAAGCUGGAUGAGAGCAGGAAGUCCGAGGUGGCCCGCCUGCUGGAAGACACGGAGCAGCAGUGGGAGUCGCUCCUGCACACCUGCGAAGAGGCCCAAACGCGAAGCCUCGCCGAUGACUUUCAGGCUCAGAGUGGAAACGUGCAGUCUUGGCUGCGAGACCGAGAGCGCCGGCUGCAGUCCGCCGGCAUCCACUCGCCACCUGAAGACAGACGACGCCUAGCGCAGGACGUACUGCAGUCCAGACCCGACGGCGACUUUCAGGUCAACAACCUGAGGAGGCGAGGCCAGACCCUGUUUGACCGGCAGGAUGUGGCGGAGGACCAAAAAUGUCAAGUCCAGCAAGCGGUCAAAGACGCGGAGGAACAGUGGAGCAAAGUUCUCCGGGCGGCCGCACGGCUGCAGGAGGAGGCUGCGACUCAGAUCGAGCGAGAGAUGGAGUCCAGGGACUCGGAGCUGAAGGAAUUCCAAAGGCUCCUGCAGGAAACGGCCGGCUGGCUCUCGGACCUGCAACGACACUUGGACUCACUCGGCGGUCUCGCCACGGCGCAAGAAGGACUGCACGCUGCGCAGACGAUCGUCAACGCCAAGCUCGACGGAGACGAGAAAGUCCAGGAGCUGACGAGACUCUGCCGGAGCGUGUGCGCUCGGGAGCCGGAGCAUCCCCGCCAACUGGAGCUUCGCAAGAGCGCUCAGGACGCCGAGGACCGGUGGAGGGGAAUCCUCCGGGGGGCUCAAGCGGCGCAAGACUCUGCAGAAAAGCAGAUGGCUCGAGAGCAGCUGUUGAAGGAGCACGAAGAGUCCGGACGACUGGUCCAAGACUGGCUGGAAGACAAGCGACGGGAUCUCGGUUCCGUUCGUGUUUACGAGGAUCCCCAAGUCGCCAUCCAAACCGCACAGGCCAUCCUGAGCUCCAAACCGGAAGGCGAUCGCAAGCUGGCCAAACUGCGGAAACAGAGUCGGGAGCUCUGCGAUCGCGCCGGCGCAGAGGACGGCGGCGAGCCAGAUUUGGGAGAAGCGCUCGAAGCCUCUGAAGAGCUGUGGGCGGAGCUGUUGCGCGACGCCGACAACUUGCUGAGCAAAGCCGAAGUCGCUUACUCGCUUUCCAGGGAGCUGCAAGCCUUCUCCAGCCGGGCGGCCGACGCCCGAGCCUGGCUGGACGCCUUGCGGGCCGAGCUGGACGGCAUCGGGACGGACGGUCGAGGCGGCCGGGCCCGGACGGAGGACGGGCUGAACGCCAUGCAUAUGAUCCUGAGCUGCAAAUCCGACGGAGACUGUCGAGUGGCGGAUCUGCAGAGACGAGCGCGCAGCCUGUGCGAACAAAAGGACUUGGAAGAGGACAGCAGACUGCGGGUGCAGUGCAAACUCAAAGAGCUGCAAGAGCAGUGGAGCGCCGUGCUGGAGGCGGCGGAAAACAGACGCAGACAACUGCAGAGUGCGGAGGACCUCCUGGUGUCCUGUCGCGAGCGGCGAGGACAAGCCGCCGCUCGUGUUGCGGAACUUGAGGCGCGGACGUCCGAUCUGCCGAGCGCCUUCCCUUGGCCCGGCCUGGGCGAGCGCAGUCAAGCGUUGGACCGAGCCCGGAGGCUGCAGGACCAGGCCGCGGCCGAGGGGCCCCUCCUCGCCGACCUGCGCGCCGAGGCCGCGCGGCUAUUUGAGCGCACCCGGGACCCCGACUGGGCCGACUCCCCGUGCGGCGGCAUGGAGGAAUCCGUCAGAGUUGUGCUCGGAGACCUAACGGAGGCCGUGGCGAGGCUGGAGCGAGGGAUGGCGGCGGAGAGGCGAGUCGCGCAGCUGCUGGAACAGCACGAAGCGGCGCAGGAUUGGUUGCGAGAGCAAGUGAAAGGCCUGCGGACUCCUCCGGAUGACGCCGCGCAUCUGCGCGACGCCGUCAACACGCUGAAGGCCUUGCUCCAGACGGCGCAGCGGGAGCACGGAGACAUGAAGGACCUGGACGUGGCCAAAGACCUUCUGCUCGGCCUCUGCACCCCAGGAGGCGCCGACGCUCUGACGCUGGCGGUCGGCCACCUUUGCGAGCUCUGCGCCGCCUCGGAGCGGGACGUGAGGGAGCGCCUGACGGCCUGCGAGGCCCGCCUGCGGGAGUCGGACCGCCGGGCGGCCCGGAAGAUAGAGGAGCUGAAAGAGAGAGCCGCCGCCUUGCUGUGGGAGCUGAGCUCGCUGGAUCGGGCGCUCGGGCCCGUCCGGCCGCAGAGCGACAUCCGUCAGAUGCGGGGGCACUGGAACAGCCUGCAGAAUUGUGGUACGUCACUGGAGGAGCUCGGCGUCCAAAUUGACGCGCUUGGCCGGGAAGUGGCCGCCGCCGGCGAGCUUCCGAGCGAAAUAACCGUCACGGCCGAGUCUCUACUCCAGCAACACGACAGUCUGCGGUCCAGACUGAGGCAGCAUCGCCAAAGCUGUUCGGCCAACGCCGCUCGUUGCCUCGGCCGUUCCUUGCGAGCCCUGCGGGACUGGAAUCAAAGCCAGCCUUCGGAAGCAUCCGGCUCAGCGCUGCAGGAGGCAGCGGACGAAGGCGAAAGGUUGCAGGCUGUCCUUCGGGAGGCGUUUCAGCAGCAGCAACAGCGGGAGUUUUUGAGUGACUGCCUGGACCGGGACGUGUUUGAGCAGCUUACGCGAGACGUCUCCGAGACUCUCGGAGAAGCGGGGAUACUUCAAACGUCCCUAGCUCAGAUCGUCAAGGAACUUGGCGUACCGAGUGAAGCAAAACCCGACGUUGUUGAUCUUCAACCCGAGGACGCAGAGACGCCUUUGGUUGCACCGCCGCGGAAAAACAAACCUUCAGCUGAGGAAAUGCCCGCGGUCUGGCAAAACGUUUCUCCGGCGGACACGCGGACGGCAGAUCUGCACACCGGAAGUGCCGCAGUUGCCCAGUUUGUCACAGAAAUUAUUGAGUCUGCCAGAACAGAGGUUGACUUACAAUCAGAUCAAGAAAGCGGAGCAACACGCGCAGCUUCACCGCUCGCCACAGAAAUCUCUGAAGUCGGUGUUGUGAAGGACGCGACAAAGAUUUCAACGCCCGUGAGAAAGUCAAAUACUGUCAAGUUCUCUCCAAAACCGUCUCUAAGAGAGCGGGCGACGAUGACCAAAGAGGACUCGGCUCCGGCCGCCACGGGGAGAAAAUCUCACCGUGACACGGAGCACGCCGUUUGUCGAGACGCAAUGGAAGAUUCCAGAAGUGCGGGAGCUUCCGCCCACGAAGAAUUCCUCAUAGAAAAUCUCGACUCUGCGAUGGCAGAGCCACACCAACGAAAAGUCGCCACGGGAAUCGGCAACAUUUGUCUUGCAGACAAAGGGAAUCUCUCGCCACCCCCAAGAAGAUCCCAAAAUGUCACGCUAACUCCGCGGCAGCCCGAAGGGGAGCCCGCGGUGGCAAAAGAAGGGCCCGCUCUGGAAGCCGACGAGGACGAGUGUCAAGAUGACAAAGGGCAUCCGGUAUGUGACCACGCCGGACGAGACUCUGAAAGUGCGGAAUCUGCGACGGUCGUCGCCGAAUUUGUCACGGGACUUAUUGAGUCCGCGAUGAGGGAUUUUCGAUCACAGAUACAGUCGGAAAGCGGGGCGGCAUCCUCGGCUCCACAAGUCGCCGCGGGAGUGCUCCAAGUUGUUCCAGUGGAGGAAGGAGAGAUCUCACCGCCCGCAAGAAAGUCAAAAAGUCUGACGUUGUCUCCCAAAGUGGCAGAAAAAGACACGCCCCUGGGGGCACGAAAAGAAGACUCUCGUGUGGAACCUGUCGAAGAAGAACCUCAAGAUGACAGCCAACACGGAAUUUGUGAGGAGGCAAGGAAAGGGGCCGAAGGUGUGGAGGCUUCCGCCACCGACGUGAUUGAACCCGCUAUGAAAGAUCCCGAUUUACUCUCAGAGUUCCACUGUAGCAAAACAUCCUCGGCUCCGCAAGUUGCCGCAGCAAGUUGGCCCGAAGUUGAAGGAGAGCUCACGGCACCCAAAAGAAAAUCAAAGGCCGCCACACUUCAUUUCGAAGACGCCGAGGUGUCCGAGCAAGCGUCGUCGUGGUGUCGCGACCAAAGUCCGCCACCGACUCCGCAGCCGCCCAAGAGGAAGUCAAAGACUUCAACCGCCUACCCGGGAAUCGUGGAAAAGGGGCCGACGGAAUCUAAAGACGAACACGAUCGACUCCGGCGCUCCGUCGUGGGAUUUGUUGGAGAAGCUCAAGAAUUGGCAGCGACUGCAAAGAGUCGGACGAUUUCACCGGACCCUCCCAAACUGUCCACCCGGAGGAAGUCCAAAAAGCACUGCGUUCCCUCCGGUUCCACCGAGCCGGAUACUGCCAUCGGCAUAGGGCCUGGCCCUGCAAGUGGGCCAAAGCCUUCCGCCGCUGUUUGGGAUGCAAAGCUAGCGCCGCCCAAAAGAAAGUCCAAGAGUUCAAAGGCCUCUCCUGAACUUCAGAAAGGGGAGGAUCAAACUAUUCCAAAAGAAGCCGAACCGCCCGGCGAGGAACGCGCCUCACCCAUGUGUGAACUUCUGGCAGAAGCGCAGAAUGUUCCAGAAACGAUCUCACCUGGGCAAACGAUAGCACCGACGGAAACCGUUAUCGCUUUGGAACUGCCGGAAUCCACAAGAGGAAGACCCGCCGAUGCCAAAGACCACAAUGUCCUGCUCCAGGUUGCCGCUGAUGAUGACCACGCCAACCUAGGAAAAAGAUCUGCGCUUUUAGACGCAGCCCGUGAGAGCGCAGCCUCGGAUACGUUGGAUAUGCAGCACCAAGUCGCGGAUGAAAGCUUUUCUGCCGUAAGCCCCGCCCAACGCAAGGACUUGGGCCAAGGGGAGCCUCCGGUGGUUUUUGCAAGACUUCAGACAAAUGCAACCGAAUUGAUCGAAAUUGUAUUGUUUGAGCAGGCCGGGGAAAGGACCGGCCAGAGUGCGACUCCGGUGGAACUCGACCGGGAAAGUCCGACUGGCGCGGAGGAGCGCGGAGCCUCCACGUCUGCGGGUGCUUUUCAACAUACUCCCGUGACAAUUCACGUGGGGCCUGAUGUGCAUCUUGAAGUCGAGGUAAGAGCAUGUGCGGAGGAGAAAAACAAACUCCAAACAGGAACGAAGGAGGGAGAGAAAGCCGCAGGUGACGUGUCACCGGGCGAGAAACCAGACACCAGCGCAGAGAGACAUCGCGCUCAGAGCCAUGCGGGUGAACCUGAGAAAGACAGAAAUGAGUCCAACUCCAACGAGAAGGCGCCGCAGCUCGCCGACACCGCCCUGGAAAGACCAAAAGUCCCACUUUUGACCCACGCCGGGCACACGAGUCUUUUUGAACACGGAGAAAUCCAAAAGAAGGAAUCGAGCCGGGAAUCACCCGUCCAGAUUGAGAUAACAGUCAAGCGAGGUGACGUUGCGCCCGUGGAGUCAUUAAUUAAGAUGCCUCCAGAUAGCCUCGCCGAAGCUCCCCCACAGCCGGACCCCGGUGCACCCUCUCGGGCCCAGACAGAAGACCGGAACAACAGUGCAAUAAAAGACAAAGCUGGCACGUUGGCGCAAAAGGAAACUGAAAAGGUAGUCAAGAUUGAAGCGCAAGAUGUUUGCCACACAGCCGCCACAACAAGCGCCUUUGGGAACCGCGAAGCCACGGUUGAGCAAUCGGAUUCGGAUAACGAUGUGCCAGAAAGGUCUCGGUUGAGAGACAUCUUCGAUGAACUCGAGGCAGACGCGGACAAGGAGCUCCGCGAUGAGGACUCCUGCGAGGAUUGUCUGGCAGAGCUGAUGAGCUCCCCCAGCAGCGACUCGGACGGUCUCCUGUGCGGCCUCGUGUCAGACCUUCUUAGCUGUAAGAAUCGUUCGGCCGAGCUGCAGCUCGACCCUAUGAGGCGGCAGGUGAAGGAGGCUGAGAAGUGUCGAGAGACGGCCCGGGAGCGGGCAGCGCUGCUGCGCCGGCAAAGGGAAGCCGAUGCCGACGGCUCGGACGCUCUGGAGUACUUGGAGAAGCGCUGGAAUGCCGUCGCUCGGGAUGCGGCCGCGGUCGUCCGAGAAAAAGAGGACCAGCUGCGGGUUGUGCAGGACUUCUGGCGCCAAGAUCUCAAAGCCAAGACCGCAUUGGAAAGUCUGGCCGCUGAACUGGAUGUGUCGAGGCUUUUCCCAGCAGAGAGCUGCCAUGAAGAGGCAGAGCGCCUGAAGUCCACCAAGAGCGCUCUUGAGGAGAAACGCAGCGUCCUUGGGGAGUUGCUCGCCGCCCAUGCGAAGCUGCGCCCUCUUCUCGGCCGCGCUCAACAAGCGGCUGCCGCAAAUACGCUUGGUGCCCGACAUCAGGAGUGGAGAGACCUGGAGAGAGCCGCGCAAAAGGCCUCGCAUCGUACGGACGCUCUGUCCCGCGGCUGCGGCCGCCUUUUGCUGGAGCUGUCCGAUCUGCGGGGACGCUUGGAGUCCAUCGGUCAAGAGCUUGAAUCCGAAGCCCCCGAAGGCUCCCCGUGGGAUUGCCAGAAAGCAAAGCGGCUGUUGCUCGCGCACGCCGAGGUGAAAGCCGCCCGCGUCACAUUCGACCAUUUGAAGGAAGCGUCGGAGGCCCUGCCCUCAAGUUUAUGGCCAAAAGAACGAGACGAGAUCACAAAAGCUCUCCUGAAUGUCAAGGACCAACUUUGUCUGACGGACGAAUGGAUGGCCUCGCAAAUCCACAUAAGCGCUCAUCCAGUCACCAACAAAGUUGUGACCUUGGGGAGGGACGGCCUCUCGUGGGCCCUGCAGAUGGAGAGCACCGUCGAGGGCGAGCGCCGCGGGGUGCCCCUGCUCCCCGAGGAGGUUCACCGGCAGCUCGGGGCCUUCGAAAAACUGCGGUCCCGGGUCGCAGCCGAACGGGGGCAACUGGAGAGCCGGGCGAAGGCGGCGAGAGAACUCCUGCCGCAGCUGGAGCAAACGGAGGAAAUGCCGGCGAUGCGCUGCGUGCUGGAAUGUCUCGAGGAACGCUCAAAGUCGCUCGCCGCGAAGCUGUCCGAGGCCGUGACCGAGAUCCAAUCGGGGCUGCGGGUCAGAGAAAAACUGUGGGAGCGCAUCGCGGGUCUCGAUUCCUGGGUAGGGACGCAUUUGCGAAGAGAGACCGCAGAGGCCGUCGGGGAGGAAUCGGCGACCGAUCGCGGCGGUCGGGGGAGCCCGGGGUGGCUCGUCGAGGCGCAAGAGCAGUCCGCUGCCUGCGAGGAACUGCUAAUGCAGAGUAAAGACAUGGCCUCUGAGCUCAGCGUGGCAGAGAACUGCCAGCUUUUCGACAAGCUCACCGACCUCCGGGAAGACAUCGACGGCAUGAUCCUCCGCCAAAGGGCCCAGAGAAAUGAGUUGGAGCAACACGUCGACUCCGACGGGGGAGAGCUUCUUGCUGUUGAGCGAAGCCUCAGGCGGGCGCAAGAGCAGCUGGACCGACUGCGCUUCCCCGUCACCGCGGAAUCCCCGCGCGCUUUGGAGUCUUUGAAGCGCACGCUUUUGGAGCACAAGUCCGAGAUUGACCUUCUCCAGCCCCGGAUUCAGCAAGAGAAGACCGGCGAAUUGUACUCGGUCGUCGCCAAACUUCACAACCAACUAACGAGCGCGCAGUGCAAGGCCAAAGAGCACGAAAAGUACCUCCGCAUGAGGGGGAACGUAGAGGACCUCGGAGAGGCCGUUGAGCAACAACUCGCUCAGACCAAAGAGGUCAGACGGGUAGAGGAGCAGUACAAGAUCUACCAGAAGCUUCUGUUUCGCUUGGCCCUGAUGAAAAGACUUUGCGAGGAGGUUGGCGCUCAACUCCAGAUGAUCUCGACCGACUUGGACCCCGCUCAGCUGUGCUCGGAGCAACAGAGACUCCGACGCGGCGAGGAGAACUUUGAAAAGUGGCAGGCGAAAACCCUGAAGGAUCUCGGCGUCGUCGAGCGCUCCCUGCUUCAAGAUCUGCAUUUCGACUCGGAGAGCAAAGCUCUGCGCGCUUUCCUCCGGGAUGCUCGCCGGCAGCUCCGGGACCCCGCGCCGAUGACGCCCGACGAAGCUUGCCUGAACAAGGAAUUUCAGAAAACGCUCUUUUUGAAAAAGACCGUCGAGUCGUGUGCCAGAGCGCUGGAGGUUCUCCGGGAGAGUGCGGGCGACAAGGAACGAAGCCAAUCGUUGGAUCUUGAAGACUUGACCAACUGCCUUCGACGUGAAUGCGACUCCCGAAUGGAGAGCAUUUGCGAUGCGAGGACAUCGCUGAGCAACUACGCCCGCACCGUCAAGCAAGCGCUGCAGUUCUUGAGUGACGUCGAGGUGUCUUUGCUGCCCCUUCACGCUCUGGCCGGAGUCUGCCGCGAAAAUCUGGAGGAGACCCGGCAGAUCUUGGCCUCGCUGGAGGAUGGUUUCCAGACUCACUUGGAUGGGCUGAGCCAAGUUGUCCUGCAUCCUUUCCUGUCCCCCCCGGAGGCGGAGCGUCCCCAAGAGAGCGUUCUGAGCCGGCUCCUGGUCAGGAUGUCCACGCUGAAAGCAAAAGGCUACCUUCAACUGGAGAAUCUCAGCAGCUGUGCUGAAAGCCACAGAAAACAUACCAAAUCGCUUGAAGAAAUCAGUCAAAGUGUGAGGAAAGCCGAGGCCGGCCUCGAGCACUUUGACUCUCAGGAGCUCCUUUCUCUGGACGACUGCACCGAGCAGCUGCAGAAGCUCGAAGUGCUGCAGGAGGAUCUGGACUCUGCGCAGAAGCGUCUUGAGGAGACGGAGGAGCGGUGCCCGCGGCAGAGGUGCCGAGGGCCACGGGAGACCGCCGCGCUCGCCGCCUGGAGACGGGUGACCGAACUGGGCCUUUGCUCGCAGCGGCUGACUGCCCGACUCAAACGGAGGAUCGUCGAAUGCAGUGAGGUCACAUGCGCCGUGGGGAACGCCGCCGCCGCACUGCGGCGCGUGGAGGAGGAGCUCCCCGAGCCCGCCCCGUUGACGGCCUCCGCCGAAGAACUGGUGGACCUGCGGCGGUGCUGGGAACAAUGCCGGGACGGGCUGGACUGUGAAGACGGCGCGCUCGGCGCCCUGGAAUUGCGCGUGGCCAGGCUGCUGGGUGUGCCCGUCAACGCCCAGCAGGCGGCGCCGACGCCCCUCUGUCAGCAGCUGCAAGCCGCGCGGAACGCCCACAGCAGGGUUAAGCGGAGGAGCCGAGAAGUUUUGGAGCGGAUCGAGUCGGAGCUGGAGGAGAAGGAAAAAAUGCAGGAGGAACUGCGGGCGCUUCAGGUUUGGUUGACGGCGGCCGACGGUCUUUUGUCAGAGAUCGAGCCGAGCGGUGGCGCGGCGCAAGCGGAGGCCAUCCGCAGCCAGUGGGGCGCCCGCAACGCGCUCCUCCGCACCAUUCGGGAGAGGCUGAAGGCAAAGUACUCGGAAUCCGACGCGGUCCCGGCGGAGAUCGACGGCCGACUGCGGGAGCUGCAAAAGUCUCUGGAGCGAGUCGGGGCCAAGGCUGAAGAGGCCACGCAGAAGAGCGCAGCCGCGCGCAGAAUCGCAGCCGAACUGCUGGAGGCGCGAGCCGGCCUGCGCUCGGUGCAGGAGAGGCUGCGAGGCCCGAGUUCCGACGUGGCGGACGCCAAACGCGCUCAGAAGCUGCUGCGCCACGAGCUCGACGAGUGGCAACCGCGCGUGGCGGCGCUGGAGGCGGACGUGCGGGGCCUGGAGACUCCCCGGGAGGAGGAGGCGGCGGCGCUCACAGAAGGACUGCUGGAGGUGCGGCGGCUUCACGCGCAACUCUCCGAGCGGGCGGAGCGGAAGGCGCAACUCGUCAGCAAGGCGCAAGCUUGGCUCGAGGAGCAUCGGGAAAUGAUCGGCAGCUCCAAGAGCUGGAUCUUGGAAUGGCAAUCGUGGCUGGCCGCCCCCCGCGCGUACGCCACCUCCAAAUGUCUGAGCGAGCACGUCGGAGCUCUGCAGACGGUGCUGAAGGACGCCGCGCAGAUCCGAAAGACCUUGGAGGCUUUCUCUUCCGUCCUGGAGCAAAUGUCGGAGGCGGUGGAGGUCUCGGCUCUGGCGGAGCAGCUGGCGGAAGCCGACCGGCAGCUGGCGGGCGUUCAGGACCGCUCGGCCGAAUCUUUGGCUCGACUCGAGCGCGCCGCCGCCGAGGUGAAGGCGAUGGAGACCGACGCCGGCGAGAUGGAGAAGGACGUCGCCGAGAUCGAGAGCGCCUUCCGUUCCCCGGAGACCUUUUCCGGCCCCGACCCGGAGAUGCUCCGGCGGAGGAUCCGCGGCGUGAGGAGCGCCGUCGCCGACUUCCAGGAAGCCAGAUCGCGCCUCCGUCUUCCGGAGAGGGCGGACGAGACCUUGACCGUCUUCGGGGUCGUGGAUCGGCUCAAAGCCUUGCUGCCGGACCUGGAAAAGAAGCUCAGCAUCCGGGAAGCCGAACCUCAGCGGGCGACAUCCCCAACGGAAGAGAGCGAGGCGGUGGGCAUCGAGGCUGCCCCCGCGGAGGACGACACGGCGCGCCACGCCGGGGCCUCGCCGACGAUGCCGGAAACGGCCGCGCCCGAGCGCGGCGGUGGCUCCGGGAAGGCCGACGGCGUGCCGCCGGGGCGUGCCGGGGAAAGCGGACGCCGGGCGGGGGAAGUGGAGGCGGGCGCCGGAGGUGUUUUGUGGUGGCUCUGGGCUACUUUGCCGGGUGCUUCUUCGCCAGAGGGUUCCGGUGGCACAGACGGGAGUUCCUCGGUGGAUUCGUCAGCCGCUCCCGAGUCUUCCCCCCGGUGUCCGAAUGACGGCGGUCGCGCGGUAAACACCUCCGCUUCCACUCCGGCCUCCCAGCAGAGAUCGUCAGAGAGGGACGCGCCGCUGCGGGCAGAGGCGGACCGACUCGACGAGCCCAACUCGUCGCAGGCCGGGACGGACGACGUCCGAGUGGCGCCGCAGCCGGUCGCCUGCCAGCACUUUACGUCGCAGAGGGAAGACUUUGAGGGGAGCCGCGAAGGGAUCCUCGCGUGGCUGACGGAGAUGGACUUGCAACUCACCGACGCGGAGUACUUCUCCAACGGCGACGCCGAAGACCAGAUGAGGCGGCUGAAGGAGUUCCGGCGCGAGAUUGCUCCGAACGCCGACAAGAUCGACACCCUGAUCGUCUUCGGGGAGAACCUGAUGCGGAAGAGCGCCCCCCCGGACGCGGCGCUCAUCCAAGACGAGCUGGAGGAGCUGCACUCGUAUGGCCAGCAAGUCUUUGGCCGCGCGGCGCGUUUCCACCGCCGGCUGCUCCAUCGCCGGCCGAAUGAAGUGCCGGAGGAGGAGGCGGAGGAUGAGGAGGAGCUGCCGUCGGACCGAGCGAGUGGCCCGCCUUCUCCCUUCAAGGACGCGGGCCGACGGCGGGCCUCGCGCCGGCCGCCGCCUCCGGAGCGCUUCGGCGGAAGAGAGACGCCCGUGGCCGUGGACUCCAUCCCGCUGGAGUGGGACCACACGGCGGACGUGGGAGGCUCCUCGUCGCACCGGGACCACGAGGAUGCCCAAGAUGCCGCCUACAUCGGUGCCCCGUCAGCGACGCCGGCGAGCGACGCGGCGUGCCGCCGCCGUCCCGUCUCCCCGCCGAGGACGGCGCCGGGGCGAAAAGUCUGCAGCGCCGCCUUUCACCAGCGGGGCUACGUCAAGCUGAUGUCCGAGUGCAGCGGGAGCAUCGACGACGUCAAGCGAGUCAAGUCCGUCCUCGGCGACGACCGCCCGCCCCUUCUGCCCGGUCUGAACGCCGACGCCCACGCGGCUACGGGUGUGAUGGAGCGCUGGGAGGUGGCGCGGGCCCAGGAGGUCCGCCGGUACGACCGUGGCGAGGACGGCGGCGAGGACCCGGAGCGAUGGCGCGAGCUCGAGGCCGAGCUGCGUGAUGUCACUUCCUGGCUGGACGCCAAGCUGCCCGAGCUGGAGGCGCUGCAGAAGCUCUCGCCGUCCACCGGCCUCAAAGAUUUUGAAGACAACGUCAGGACGCUGAAGGAGACGCAGGGGGCCUUCUGCGUACGCAAGCGCGCCCUGAUCUCGCUCAACCUGGCCGGCGGCGGCUCGGACGGACGGCGGGCGCGGGAGCUGCGGGCGGGGCUCCGCUCGGCCAAUCGCGGUUGGAUGCGAGCGUGCGGUGCGCUGGAGCGCUGGGAGGCGGGGCUUCGCGCCGCGCUGGCGCAGUGUCAGGACUUUCACGAGUCGCUGCAUUCGUUGCUCCUGUGGAUGGCUCGAGCGGAGCAACGACUGUGCGCGGCGGCCGCGCGGCGGCAUCGCCCCUCGUACGCCGCCCUGUCGGAGGGACGCGACGCGCUGCAGGCUUUGCUGGAGGAACUGCGGGAACGUCAGGCGGCCGCCGCGUCGUUGCGUGCCGCGGCCGCGCGGCUGCUCCUGGAGGCGGGCAGCGACCGCGAAGACCGCGCGGAGGCCGGGGAGAAAGUCCACGCGGUGGGCAACAAGAUGGAUCUGCUGCUCAGGCACGUCCACGGGAGUCUCGCCGCCCUCGACCGGGACCUCAAACGGCAGCAGGAGGAAGGGGAGGAGCCGGCAGAUGAUGGCCAGGUGGACAUUCAGAAAAGGGGGCGGGAUGGCGGCGGCGCCCCCCCCGGCCGCCGCCCCCUGUUGCUGCGCCUCCUGCGGGCGGCGUUGCCGCUGCACGCGCCCUUCUUUCUGCUGCUGGCGUUGGGCUGCUCGGUGGCGUCGCCGGACGAGCGGCCGUCGCCCCCCGGCUGCUCGCUGGCCAACAACUUUGCGCGCUCCUUCUCCCCCAUGCUGCGCUACAUCAAUGGACAAUGAUGCAGGCUGACAAAG